AUGGAGUCUGUGAGUUUCUGCUCAUCAGAUUCCUCUUGCUCGCCUCCUCCCUUUGCCGAUUCCUGUAUUCCCGUCAAGCGGAAGUUAUCGGAGCUUUACGCGGAUGAGCAACCUUGCACCCUCUUGCCUCCCGCAAAACGUGUCAAGGUCGAUGAUGAUCCCAAUCUGCCACGCGUGCAGAUGACUUGUAUGAAGCUGUUCCUACUUGGAGUAUUGAAAUCGUAUCACAGAACCCCUAGCCCAGUUCCUAAAAGAAAGGCCGCGCAGACCAAGAUGAGCCACGGAACAAUUACCCAUGUACUUCAGCGACUGGAUUGUCUUGGCAUGGUUGCUCAGAACAUCAACAAUGCGCUUGACCAAAUAGAAAGGAAUGUACAUGUCCUUGCAUCGUAUAUGGGGGAUGAAGCCGGCAAGAUCCCUGAUAGUUUCAAGCUGGCCCGUUUUGGUUGUAAGAAGUUACUGAGUGCUUAUAAUGAGAGGCUUAACUAUCUGGAUGAGCUGAGUUGA